UGCAAAGAAUCCAGAAUGAAGAGAAGGCACAGUCAAGAGAAAAAUAUGAAUCUGUCCAUAGAAAGUCUAACUGUAGCUGUUGCUAGGGGUCGGACGGAAGUAGUAAGGGAGCUCUUCGAAUCAGGCAUUGACCCCAAUAUCGUGAACCGAUUUGGGCGGACUGCCAUUCAAGUCGUGAUGAUGGGCAGUGUGCGUGUAACAGAGCUCUUGCUGCAGUACGGAGCAGAACCCAACACCCCAGACCCGUGAACCCUCACUCUACCAGUACACGACGUUGCUCGGGAGGGUUUCCUGGAUACUCUGAUGCUGCUUCACCGGGCUGGGGCACGGUUGGAUGUCAAGGAUUCCCUGGGUCGCCUCCCCGUGGACCUAGCUGAGGAACAGGGACACCGCCCUGUUGUCAGAUACCUUCGCGAGGUGGUGAAAGGAGGACUGAAAUCCACCCACCGUCCUGGAUGCAGAAUAGAAUCCUCCAGAUUACAAUAUUCUCCAUCAACAGGGAAGGCCCUCCAAAAAGCAGAAAGACUGAGAGUCUCAAUAAAGGGCUUCCAUCUUUCCCCCUUCUCCGGAGCAGUCUCAAAAGACUUAGUUCACCAUAAUUACACUGUCUUGCUUUGCCUUCAGCUAAACCUGAAAUAUUAUUUUCAUAUUUGUCUGAGACAAAUUUUUUAAUAAACCUGCUUUUCU